AAACGAAAAUGGUGUAAUCUUGCCGCGGUGUUGGAAGGCGGUGCUCUCGCGUUGUUUUUGUUCGGCGUAACUGUCAUAUUUCUCGAUUAGAUCCGUGUUAAAUCAGGCAUUAGAGAACGAAGAUUGCGGAUUAGCGAGUCGACGGAUUUUGGAUUCUCGCAUUCCCCCGUUUCUUCUGACCGGUCGAGUUCGCUCGAUUCGCGAUCCCCGGUUUCCGAUGCCUGGUCUGACGUGGCCUUACCACCAGGUACUUCCAUACAACAGGGCCAAGUGAGAAGAUACAAAGAUGAGCUUACAGUGGACACUGAUCGCUGGUUUCCUCUAUGUGGAAGUCGCGAUAGUUCUCAUGCUAGUGCUACCGGUAGCUUCUCCAUCAAGAUGGCAGAAGCUAUUUAAGUCUCGGUUCUUACAAAGCCUAAGUAGCCGAGCAUCCAUUUAUUUUGUGGUCCUGCUUGGUGUCUUGGUCCUCUUCUUGUUGGAUGCCAUACGAGAGAUGCGAAAAUAUUCUUCGAGCUUAGACCAUACCGAGCAUCAACACUUGAACGUGGAGAUGCAAGAAAACAUGCGACUGUUCCGCGCGCAGAGGAAUUUCUACAUAUCCGGCUUCGCGCUGUUUCUCAGUCUGGUGAUACGUCGUCUCGUCCUUCUGAUCUCCAUCCAGGCCAGCUUGCUUGCGCAGAACGAAGCAGCCAUGCGACAGGCACAGUCCGCGACUACCACGGCCCGAAGCUUGCUGUCCCAGAGGACGAUCGGGGAAAGCGCGCAGAACGACUCGAACGAAGCGCACGACAAAGCAGUAUCGGAACUGAAGAAUCAGAUCAAGGAGUUGCAGGCGAAGAAUCUUGAGCUCGAGAAGGAAUUGACUAAAGAGAGUAAGGAUAAGGAGGCGCUCAAGUCGCAGGCGGACUCGCUCGCGAAAGAAUACGAUCGCUUGAGCGGCGAGCACGCGAAAGUCAUGCAGUCGAGCGGCGACAAGAAGAGCGAUUGAGUAUCCUUUCAUUUCUGUCGGGUCACCCUUCUCUUGAUUCUUUGUUUGUUUUCGCCCAUCCGAGUUCUGAUUUAAGGUUUUUGUUACAUUAUAUUGAGUUUGGUGUUGCCUAAUUUUAUUAGUACGCAUUUCGGGAGUUUCGUCAUCGGAACAUAUUUAUACCUUUUGCCAGAGAAGAGAGAAGGUUGUAUAUAUAAGUAUACUAUUAUUAUUACUGAUAUUAUUGGAGUACCAAUGCUCUGGAAAUUCAGUACGCGCUUCGUGCACUCUGCGCUAUUUACUUUCUGUAGUAUUGUUACGUUUAAGCGAACUUUAAAUAUUUUUACGAAAAAGGAACAUUUUUUUUUAAGUAUGGUUCAUUUUUUUUUUUUUUCUUUAAAUACAGUAGCUUAUUUCGGAGGGACGAGCGGUACAAAUGUUGUUGAUAGCGAGCCGGUCAUCCAUCGUAAGAUCCCUUUACACUGUAAGCGGGUUAUAUUCUCGAAUUCAUCACUGAUUAUUGCGAGCUACACAUUCGGAUAUUUAUAAUGUACGAGUGAAAUUAUUUAUUUUCCACGUGUUUUAGACAUAUUUCGAAUGUACUUCCAAUCUUGCAUUUGCAAUAUUCUCGUUGUAUGUUUGUGCGUUAGAGAAAAGAAAGGGCUGAUGUUUGUCGCUUCGGUUUAGAACUGAGAUUUGCAGAGACGUAAAAGUACAUAUAUAUAUGUACAUAUAUAUAUAUAUAUGUCCGUACAUAUAUAUAUAUAUGACAUAUAUAUAUAUAUAUAUAUAUAUAUUGGUUACAUUAAUGAUUAUUAAUUAAUCGGUAUCUUGAUGAUAAAAGAUCGAGACUUGUGGCGGGGCUCAGGGAAUCUUCUGAUUUUGGGACGUGAAAUUCUAGAACUGCUGUAGAUGACGAAACACGGCCGAAGAAAUGAACAUCGGCCCUGCCUCUCUGAAGAUACAGAUUCACCGGGAAUCUUGCGAGAUAAAUAUAUUACAGAACGUGUACUUUUCAUAAUGUCGCGCUAUAUCGUAGGCCUUCGCUCGGGUCAAGAACGCCCGGGCUAUGCUGUAUAUACUUGAAACUAUAAAUAGAAAUUGUACUGAGAA